UUGUGAUAUUGGAGAGGUGGCCGCACAAUGGUUACUGAUUAGAAAUUGUCGAAGAAAACAAUUGUGUCAUCGAUUCCGCGUCUAAUUUUUCAUGCACUUUAAACUAUACGCUUAAUGUUCGUUGGUUGCCGCACUACGUCGUCCAUAAUUUGAAUGUGUUGAGAGGUUUGCAAGUCGAUCUAGAAAAUGGCCAAAACAUAUGAUUAUUUGUUUAAACUGCUGCUAAUUGGGGAUUCGGGAGUCGGGAAAACUUGUAUCUUAUUUCGUUUCUCGGAAGAUGCCUUCAACACCACCUUCAUCUCAACAAUCGGAAUUGAUUUCAAAAUCAGAACAAUAGAACUGGAUGGAAAGAAAAUCAAAUUACAAAUAUGGGAUACAGCAGGUCAGGAACGAUUCAGGACAAUAACAACUGCCUAUUAUAGAGGAGCUAUGGGUAUAAUGUUAGUAUAUGAUAUAACACAGGAAAAAUCGUUCGAAAACAUAAAAAACUGGAUAAGAAAUAUCGAGGAGAAUGCUUCAGCUGACGUUGAAAAGAUGUUACUCGGGAACAAAUGCGAAUUGAAUGACAAACGACAGGUGUCGAGGGAACGGGGUGAGCAGUUGGCUGUUGAAUAUGGUAUUAAAUUCAUGGAGACCUCCGCGAAAGCUAGCAUUAAUGUAGAAGAAGCCUUUUUGACGCUCGCUAGUGAUAUAAAAGCUAAAAUGGAGAAACGCUUGGAAGCCAAUAACCCACCUAAAGGCGGACAUCAAUUAAAAGCAAUAGAACCUACUAGAAAAUCAGAUAGCUGGUUAUCAAGAUGCAGCUUACUUUGACCUAGUAGCUUAUUCGCUACGAAUAUUUAUGUAUAAGGAACUUUUUAAUAAUUCUAUACAGAAUAAAAUACUGUCAAUAUAUAAUUACGAUAGUUGUAUGCAGAAUACUUUUAUUUAGUGAAUGGAGGAGAGUAAAUCGAGAACAGGGAAAUUUGUUCUGCAAAGUAUAACUUAUGUUGUAAAUUUACAAGUAAAGUGCACAUAUUUUUUUGUAUCUUUAUAUCUUAUGAAAAUGAGUUUUGUUUCGCAUUAUUUAAAAAGGAAAAACAUUUCUUUGAUAUCCAGUGUAUAUUUAUCCAAUUUUAUAUUUGUUCCUUUUCCAAUCUAACGGUUCCACAACUUUCUAGCUCCUUACAAGAAAGUUGAUAAAGUAGCGACAAUAUAUAUGGAGUUUUGAUUUCA